AGAGUUUAGAAACGAUGCACUGAUGAUAAUAAAUUAUAAUAAAUCUACGAGUCUGUUUGUCAAUCGCGACAUUAUGCAUUACCUCCAUGUCCUAUCUUUCUAAUUCCGAUGUCUUUGCUCAACAGCCCAACUUCGCUUGGCAGGCAUAUAUGGUAAAGUAAACCUGGCAACUGACGUGACUGUUUCUAAAAACGGCUCCGAGGUUUCGGUCACAGGUCUGUGUGUGUGUGUGUGUGUGUGUGUGUGUUUGUGUUCGGGGUCAAAAAUACAGAGUGAGGAAACCACACUGCCAUAUACUAUAUGAGUAAUUAUAAAGUCACAGUGUGGAAGAAAGAUCACUGUGUAUAGUUUAAUUCUCGUCUUAUUGUUUUAAUAACCAUGGACAUUUUGGAGAAGCAGCUGAUUUGUCCAAUUUGCCUGGAAAUCUUUACAAAACCUGUAGUGAUUCUGCCAUGCCAGCACAACCUCUGUCGGAAAUGUGCAAACGACAUAUUUCAGGCUUCAAAUCCAUACCUUCCCACCAGAGGAGGAUCAGUGUCUUCAGGGGGUCGUUUUAGAUGCCCAUCCUGCAGGCACGAGGUUGUUCUGGACCGCCAUGGGGUUUACGGGCUGCAGAGAAAUCUUUUGGUGGAAAACAUCAUUGAUAUGUACAAACAGGGGUCCACCAGCAGCAAACCCGCUCCACAAAGGACAGAUGACCAGCCUAUGUGUGAGGUGCAUGAGGAUGAGAAGAUCAACAUCUACUGCUUGACCUGCAGCGUCCCUACAUGCUCCAUGUGCAAGGUGUUCGGCUCUCACAAGGACUGUGAAGUGUCGCCACUCAAAAGUGUAUAUCAAGUUCAGAAGACAGAACUGACAGACAGCAUAGCAAUGAUGGCGGGCAACCACGACAGGAUCCAAGGCAUCAUUAGUCAGUUGGAGGAGACCUGCAGGGCCAUAGAGGAGAAUGGCAGGAGGCAAAAGUCCCAUUUGUGUGAAAAAUUUGACAAUCUGUAUGCCAUCUUGGAGGACAGAAAAAGAGAGAUGAGUCUCAAAGUGUCAGCCGAGCAGGAUGAGAAGCUCAUCUAUAUCCGUGGACUUAAGAGGAAGUAUGAAGAUCACCUAGAGAACAUGGCCAAGAUUGUCGAGUCAGGAAUCCAAACGAUGGAAGAACCUGAAAUGGCUGUUUUCUUACAGACUGCAAAACCUUUGUUGCAAAUGAUGGGCGAGGCCACAAAUACAUCCCACUUGGAAAAAGUGGAGCAUGGCUAUGAGAACAUGGACCAUUACUCCGCUAACUUCAAGAAGGAACGUGGAGUUCUAAGCAGUAUAAACUUCAUUACAGAUGAGGACGAGGAAGAGGUAGAUUUAGUGGGGGCAGAGAAGGACAUCCAAAAAGAACAGGCUACUUCAGAAGAGUUCCUGGGCACCCAGACUGAUCCUCUUCCUCCUCUUCUGCCUCCCAGUCCAGAAAAACACACUCAGAGCUCGUAGCUCUGCGACUUCAGAAUGAACACUUUUUUGGAGCUGGAUUUGUAUGAUUAGUGGUAGAUUAAUGUUUUUUUUAACAUAUUAAAUCCACUUACAUCUUCUUUGCUUGUACAGAUAUUUGUAUCAAACACAUUUGGUGUACAUGUUUAAAUGUUUAGGCACCUAUAACUCAAUGACAAAUGAAUCGUGUGGAAGUUUAAAAUAUGCAGAAUAGAUUUUUGCUAAUUUGGCUAUAGCAUUUUAAAGUUUUGCUACCUGACAGAGGAGCAAAAAUAUAUAAAGAAUUCUCCCAACACAAAAGAUAAUUUAUAAAGGGGAAAGGACCUAAACCACAUGUUAUUGUACAGCUGAUUUGAUCUGAUGUGAACUUGACCAGUGAAUUUACAAGCUUUGGCCUUGUAGGAAAGUUUUAAUUAGGAAAGAAGGACAGGGGUCUGUUCAGUUGGUUAAAGAAAAGAAGAACGAGCCUCUUAUUCUUGCCUCACAUUCGUUCUGGACUUUUGUGCUGAUUUCUUUCCAACCCCAAACUUUUAUUUUAUCUCGUUCUCUAACAUAUAAAAAUAUAUUUAUAUUUAUGAAAAAAAAUUCUUAUCCUAUUCUUGUAAGCAUGUCUCAAUGCUUCACAAAUGGCUGAUUUUUCCCCUUGUUUUUGCGUGAACAGAAAAAAAGACUAAAAAUAAAUGUUUUUGGUUAUGGAAAGCUCA